UUAUCUCUACUCCCCAAAAGAUAUGUUGGCAGUCAUCCGCCAAGUGUAUGACCCACCAGUAUACAUUGGAAAGGUCCCACGACUGAGGGUUUACUAGACAGUAAUAAUACUGUUUUCCUGACAGUAGCUAACCCCCUCAGUGUCCUGGAAAUCUUGCUUCUGAAACACCUCAGAGGCUCAUGCUGUCCCUAACCCCUCCAACUUAAAAGUGCAUGAUCGGCCUGUCCUCACAAGCCCCGUGCAGCUCUUUGUGCCCACGGGUCUUGUCCCUGUGUGCUAAUAAACACACUUUCUUCCACUGAAGAAUUCUUUCUUGGCCGUCGGCUCUGAACCCCAACAUUUCCACAUCACCUGUGCGUUUUGUUUUGCCUGCAUGGGACACAAAUGCUCUCUCACAGAACGUGUCCCCUGCUGUCCCCUGUGAGACACCUGUGUUCGGUGUCUUAGCCUGGCUGCUCGGGGGUCCAGAGAAGCCUGGGCCACGUCCUCUGUGCUGCCGGUCCCCUCUGUGGGGUCCCUUUUGUGUUCAGGGAGUACAGUCAGCCUCCAGGCCUGGCCACUCAUGAGCUGGGUGACCGAGCCUGUCCUUUGGCUUAGACUGUCCUGUGAGGGGCCAGGAAUCUGCCUCUGGCUAUCCUUUGUGCCGGGCCCACUGGGUGCACUCACAUGAGCCUUUCCAGACCAGCCUCACGGCCCCCUCUUGCCCCAGUCUGGGCCUGAGCGGGGAGCCACUGAAGGCCACCAUGGGACGCAGCUCCGUGGGCUCCUGCCAGCGAGGGGAGGCUACGGGGGCUAAGCCUCCUUGGGCUCCUGGCCCUGCUGGGCUCCUGAGGUCAGCAGGAUCCUGCUUCUGGCUUCGUCUGGAGGGUGUGGGGGCACGUGUGUGUCUCCUGGGGGUCUGGAAGCCUUGAUCUGUGGGUCUCCCUGCUCUUGCCCUGCCACUCGUGUGCCUCGAGUGCUUGUUGGUGUGGGUUCACGUGUGUGCGGCCCAUGUGUUUGUGCCUGUGAGUGAGUGUGUGCAUUUCCGAACCCAUGUUUGUGUGUUCAGUCAUGUGUCUGCUUCGGUGUCUUCAUGUGUGUUUGCACGUGAGCCUGUGUGUCCCUGCAUGUCCUGAGGGAGUGUCUCCGUGGUUGUGCCCCGUGUCUCCAUACUGUCCCUGAAUCUGCUGCAGUGAAGAUGCAGAGGAAAGUCCUGGGGGACAGCUUGGGAUGCUGAGUCCUAGGGCACCUGCCUGCUCCAUGGUCUCCUGAUUUGCCAGGUAUCCUAGCAACGCUGCUGCCAGUCGCCUAGCAACCAGGUCCCCAUCCUUGGAGAUGGCUGCUCCAAGCAGGGUCUGGGCUAUGUGAGUAGAGCCUGUGCAGGAAGAAGGACCCCAUGACUUGGAGGCUGGUGACUCAGCUAAGGGGUCACCCACACAGCACGUGACCCAAGUGCCAGGAAGGAGGCAGCCCCGUGGGAGCUGUUCAGCUGCACGGGUGCUAGGGGCCCAGGCUGUGAGGAAAUGAAGUUCAGGUGUCACUUUGGGACUCCAGCUGGGGCAGAGACACCCUUGGUGUGUCUCAAAGUGGCAGAUGGACCUGGGUUUCACAACACAGAGGCUUAAUGCUCCCAUCUGCAGAAAGCUGAUGCUGAUGGCGGGGACCUGGUGUGCGGGGACUGAUGAGCCUUCACCGUGGACCUGUGGAGUGCGUGAUGGGCACACAGGGUGCACCGUGGAGUCGAGGCGCCCUGCUGGUCCACAAGGCUCUGACCCACUUAGUGCUGGCCAAGCAGGCGUCCUGCUGCGCACAUACCCUCUUCUUGGCCUGCCCCUGCUCCGCCGGGGACACCGGCUGAGGGGCCCUUUCUGGGCCCAGAAUGCCAACCGGGGCUGGUCUGGGUCCACCUGAGGCAGUGUCUCUGUGUGUUAGAUGAGGCCUCGCCUCCGUGUCCCAGUCUGUGCGUCUUGUGGGCGUCCCCCUGAGUCUCUGUCCCCUGUCCCUGUCUGUGUCCUUGUGUGUAUGUCUAUCCCUCGACUCAGUUCCCGUGUGGAUCUGCGUCCCUGUCCGUAUCUGUGUGUGGGAGCUGGUCUCUGUCGUUCAUCUCGCAGUGUGCGCUCAAAGGACAUCCAGUGCGGGGCCCCGGCCAUCCCCCCUUCCCUGAGGCCCCUCACCCCGCCCUCAGGGCCCCUCCUCCUCAGGAGCGGCAGGCUCCGCCCCAUCCCUCAGCUCCGCGCCAGGCUGCGGCGUCUGGUCUGGCAUCUGCUGGGAAGGAGUCGCGCGCUCCCGCCGCAGCCCCAGCCCCGUGCAGCCCCGCGCGGACCUGCGGCUGGUCCGGCAGUGGCAUCCCAGCCCCGCGCCGGCGGGGCUGAGGGUUAGAGCCGCCACAGCCUCGGCUCCCACGGAGGUUGCUAAGGCACCAGGUGGCUUUGCACACAGGGAGGCAGAAUGGAGUCCCUCUUCCCUGCCCCCUUCUGGGAGGUCCUCUACAGUGGCCACCUGCAGGGCAACCUGACCCUCCUGAGCCCCAACCACAGCCUGCCGCCCCCCCACCUUCUGCUCAACGCCAGCCACGCCGCCGCAUUCCUGCCCCUUGGGCUCAAGGUCACCAUUGUGGGGCUUUACCUGGCUGUUUGCAUUGGGGGACUCCUGGGGAACUGCCUCGUCAUGUAUGUCAUCCUCAGACACACCAAGAUGAAGACGGCCACCAACAUUUACAUCUUUAACCUGGCCCUGGCAGACACCUUGGUGCUGCUGACACUGCCCUUCCAGGGCACUGACGUCCUCUUGGGCUUCUGGCCGUUCGGAAACGCCCUGUGCAAGACGGUCAUUGCCAUCGACUACUACAACGUGUUCACCAGCACCUUCACCUUGACCGCCAUGAGUGUGGACCGCUACGUAGCCGUCUGCCACCCCAUCCGAGCUCUCGAUGUCCGGACGUCCAGCAAGGCUCAGGCUGUCAGUGUGGCCAUCUGGGCUCUGGCGUCCAUUGUCGGUGUUCCUGUUGCCAUCAUGGGCUCGGCGCAGGUCGAGGAUGAAGAGAUCGAGUGUCUGGUGGAGAUCCCCGCCCCACAGGACUACUGGGGCCCUGUGUUUGCCGUGUGCAUCUUCCUCUUCUCCUUCAUCAUUCCCGUACUUGUCAUCUCCAUCUGCUACAGCCUCAUGAUCCGGCGGCUGCGUGGCGUACGCCUGCUGUCCGGCUCCCGCGAGAAGGACCGGAACCUGCGGCGCAUCACGCGGCUGGUGCUGGUGGUGGUGGCCGUGUUCGUGGGCUGCUGGACGCCUGUGCAGGUCUUCGUGCUGGCACAGGGCCUGGGGGUGCAGCCGGGCAGCGAGGCCGCCGUGGCCGUCCUGCGCUUCUGCACGGCGCUUGGCUACGUCAACAGUGGCCUCAACCCCGUCCUCUACGCCUUCCUGGAUGAGAACUUCAAGGCCUGCUUCCGGAAGUUCUGCUGUGCCCCGGCCCUGCGCCGGGAGACGCAGGUGUCCGACCGUGUGCGCAGCAUCGCCAAGGACGUGGCCCUUGCCUGCAAGACUUCUGAGACAGUACCACGGCCCGCAUGACUAGGCGUGGACCUGCCCAUGGUGCCCGUCAGCCCGCAGAGCCCAUCAACACCCAACACAGAGCUCACCCAGGUCACUGCUCUUUAGGCUGACACCCAACCUGGGUCCUGGGCAUUGCCGGACUUGCGGACUUCCGCGUGGCCUCAGAGGGCCUGGUGACGUCAUGGGACAGGUCAGAUGGUAGCUGCCUUCCUCAUGCAUAGCAGAGAGGGGACCCCUGCCACGAGUGUGCCCAGCCAGAGCCCCUGCCAACACCCUAACCCUCAUGGGACUCUGCUGGCCUCUCCCCCGCGGCGCCCUGCGGGCUCUGGGAAUGGGCACACCUGGAGGUGUGACAGCAGUGUGCCACCUGCUCCCUGUGCCAUGUGCUCUCUGCGGGGGGCCCUGCAACCCCUCCUUGGGGUUUGGAGCUGUCGGUGAGGACUUGCCUGGGCCUCAAGGGACGUCACUUCCCUGUCCCCCACGCCCGCCUCUGAGAGGCUUCUGAGGGGCUUUUCGCUCCUGAAGCACAAAGAACCAUCAACCACAGAUGUGGCUGUCUGGGGUGUGGAGGUGGCUUGGAGGGACAGUGGGCUGCUCGGUCACCUCAGGCCACUUUGUCGUUCUGGAAACAGCCCCGGAGUCCUGGUCUUGGCUGCACAGAGCUGGAGGGGAGGGUCGCUCUGCUGUGCUCUGUCCUUGGGUCCUCCAAGGCUCUCUUGAAAUCAGAGGUCAGCAGUUUUGCGGCCGACAGGCCCUUGCGCCGUUUGGACCCUGGUGGACCUGGAAGAGGAGUUGGCCAUGGGGACGGACUCUGCUCUGCCUCUCUGGCGACCGGCCCCGGCGUCACUGACAAACCUCCAGGGGUCUGUGGCGGGGGGCGCUGAGCUUCCCGCUACCACUGUGAGAAUGGUCUGGAGCGGGAACACCGUUGCUGGGGAGGGGGCUCCCUGCUGUGGUCCCCGGAGGAGCACCCUUCUUGCUCUGUGGUUGGGAGCUGCCGUCUGGCGAAUUUGCAGACACUCUCUCCUGUAGAUAAACUAUGGAAAUCCAACACUGAAAAGACCAUUCCGCCUCCACCCGUGAGCUGAGCAGUGGACCUCAGCCAGGUGGUCUCGGGCUCCUGCAAAGAACAGGAAGCACUGACUUUGGGCUGGCUUCUCCUGCUUCAGGGAGCCCCAGCUCUGUGGGUUCAUUCCUGGGGGGGAUGGAGCUGCCCAGCUGGGGCGUUUUCGUGACAGGCCGAAGGAUGCAUGCUAGUGGGACACGUUGCUUCGUGUAUUUAUGCAUGCGACCAGUGUCAUUUCCCCCACACAGAACCAACCCUAAUCUUGUCUCCAGGGGUCAUUGGGGCCACCAUAAACCCCUUCCCACUGAGCAGGUGUUUCUGACUCCAGUGGGGUGGGGCCGCUGGGGUAAGGAGUCCUCCCACCUGCUCUGGGCUCCUCACUUGGCCAGGCUCUGUCUUCAUGGGAUGGUACCCUUGGAGACUGCGAGGCUACAACUUCCAGAAAGUGUGAUUUCGUGAUGCGCUGGAGGUCUGUUUCCUUUCCUUCAGCACAAAUAGCUUCUCCUUGAACAACCAGCUAUGGCACCUACAUCCUGCCCCUGUGGCUAGAGGCUCCCUGUGGGUCGGGGUGGGGUGAGCUCUUCCCACGGGGCCCCAUGUUUCUCUCACCCCACUUAGUCCCAGCAGACCCCUCGCUGCCCCAGCCCUCUCCCCCUUCCUUGAGCAGACCCAGCAGAGUUUUGGAAGAUGAACAGACAGCCUCCAUUGGUGGCCCUGAGAUGGGGACAUGCCUCCGGCUCUGGUGUGGACCCAGUUUGGUCCAGGUUGACCCUUGGGGUGGGUGACCCUCUCAGAAAGAGGGGUAUCAGAGGGGGCGGUGAGGGCAAGCUUGGGGGGGAAGUGUUUGGCCCCCACAGAGGGGUCGGUGUGCGGUUUCACACCAACCUUAACGAUGGGCACUUGGCUGUUCAAACAGACAGCAUCAAGCGGAAGUUUGGGAAUGAGGGGCCUACAGCAGCGGGUACCUGAGGAGUGCUGGGGAGACUGUGCGGUGGGGCGGGGGGAGCGCGGGUGGUGGGGGUACCCUAACCUGCUUGCCCCGCCCUGCAGGGGAGAUGGGCCCUGAAGGGUCAGGUGCAUUGGCUGGGGUGAGGACCCUG